AUGUUAUUUUCUUUUUUCGCUCGCACGUACGGGACCAGGCCACUGAGGGCAGCGCCACCCCGCCGCUACUCUGCGCAGGCGCGGGAAGCGCGAGGCGCGCGUUUUGAAGGUGCUGUCAUGGCGGCGUUGAGCCAGGAGUCGGACUCGGCCCCGGCCCCGGCCCCGGCCCCGGCCCCGGCCCCGGCCCCGGCCCGAGAGCUGGAGCUGACUCCGGCCCCGGCGUUGUACCAGUGCAGCGGCGACGGCUCCGGCGACUUGGAUGUCCGCAGUCUGGUCCGCCUGAGGGACCUACUGAAGGAGCAGCUCAGAGAGCACAAAACGGCUAUUCUUGCCGCAACAUUGUCUUUUGCAGGUCAGGAAAAUUUCCUUGAUAAUGAAAUUGAAGAAGACUUUAGCCAGAGUGCCACACAAAAUUUGAAAAGAUAUCUAGAAGAUGCAAAAGUCUCUUUGCAGAACAGGACGUUGGCCUUGCAAAGGACCCAAAUUGUGGACACCCUCAGAAACAAAUUGAAACAAGAUGAUGAGGACUCACGUCUGAUCCUGGAAACAAUGCAAGACAUACUAUUGCUCAGCUGGACAAUAAUUGACUAUCAGCAGCAAGUACAUCAGAAGGAACAGCAGCUGAUUAACAUUAAAAUGGAAAGACUCUUACAAACAAAACAUGGAAGAGAGAAACUACAGCAAAUUCAUACCAUGAAGAAAAGGCAAAAGGAGAAACAAGCAUAUGUGAAUUUACAUGAGAAGAUGCUUUAUAAAUUAGAAAAACAAAGAUGGAUUACUACAAUAAUUCAACAUGUGUUCCAGAACAUCAUAAUUGGAAGCAGAAUUAACUGGGCAGAAGAUGAAUCUUUAAAGGCAAUUGUUCUACAGUUUGAAAAAAAUGUAGUGAGUCAGUGAGUCAGGAGAUGUGGUGUUUAUUUUAUACAUUGUGUGCAUUUUAACUAAACUUGAUAAAUUUUAUGUAUCUUAAAUUUUAAAAUUUGACCUUUCUGGAAGAUGUUGUUCUCUCCA